GGCCUCUGCGGCGAGCCAAAAAUCUGCUGGAGAGAGAGACAGAGAGCACGUGCCCUGCGCCAUGGGUUCAGCCGAAUUCCCCAGGGCGCAGGGCCCUCCCUAGGCGCCUCCCGUCCCUCUCCCCCUUUCUCCUGCUGCCCAAGCCCGAAGUGUGGCCCUGUCGUGAAGGCUCCAGCAGAAGUGGCUCUGCACCUGAAGUGCUCCUUCAGGCUCCCGGCCCAGACUGCCUCUGUGAGCUCAAUUCACAAGUCUUUGCCCUUUCCUAAGACAAGCAAGAAAUGGCCAAAUCUCAGGAACAAGUGAUAUUUGAAGAUGUGGCUGUGGAUUUCACCCAGGAGGAAUGGCAGUACCUGGACCCUCCACAGAAGAUCCUGUACAGAGAUGUGAUGCUGGAGACAUACAGCAACCUAGUGUCUGUGGAGCAUCAGGUUACCAAACCAGACCUCAUCCUCAAAUUAGAGUUAGAAGAACCGUCCCCAGCAGAAGAAAAAAUCUCAAUUUGGAGUUUUCCAGAAAAAGUCUGUCAAAUUGAUGAACAGCUUGAAUGCCAGCACCAGUGUAGCCAAGACAAGUAUUUGUUGAUACAAGAUGGAGUUCCUGACCAGAAAAGAGUUAUCACCAAGAGUAACCAAGAAUGUAAUGAAUUUAAAAGCACACUUCAUCUAAGUACAGAUCUUGUUGCUUCAUUACAAAGGCCCCAUAAACAUGACUCAUUUGGAUAUAAUUUGGCAGAUAAUUUAGACUUAUUUAGUCAUUCUUCAGGAAUAAGAUAUGAUAAUGGAUGUGCAAAAGUAUUCCUCUGUGCUGAAUAUGAAAAAACAAAUCCUGGGGUGAAACCCUAUGGAUAUAAAGAAUGCGGGAAAGCCCUCAAGUGCAAAAAAGGUCUUAGUCUCCAUCAGAGAAUUAAAAAUGGAGAGAAACCCUUUGAAUGUACUGCAUGUAGGAAAACCUUCAGCAAGAAGUCACACCUCAUUGUACAUUGGAGAACUCAUACAGGAGAAAAACCCUUUGGAUGUACUGAAUGCGGGAAAGCCUUUAGUCAAAAAUCUCAGCUCAUUAUACACCUGAGAACGCAUACAGGAGAGAGACCCUUUGAAUGCCCUGAAUGUGGAAAAGCCUUCAGAGAGAAGUCAACUGUUAUCAUACAUUAUAGGACUCAUACAGGAGAGAAACCUUAUGAAUGUAAUGAAUGUGGAAAAGCCUUCACUCAGAAGUCAAAUCUCAUUGUCCAUCAGAAAACACAUACAGGAGAGAAAACCUAUGAAUGUACUAAAUGUGGGGAAUCUUUCAUUCAGAAGCUUGAUCUAAUUAUACAUCAUAGUACUCAUACAGGAAAGAAACCCCAUGAAUGUAAUGACUGUAAAAAAACUUUCAGUGAUAAGUCAACCCUCAUUAUACAUCAGAGAACGCAUACAGGAGAGAAACCUCAUAAAUGUGUUGAAUGUGGGAAAUCCUUCAAUGAGAAGUCAACCCUUAUUGUGCAUCAGAGAACUCAUACAGGAGAGAAACCCUAUGAAUGUGAUGUGUGUGGAAAAACCUUCACCCAAAAAUCAAACCUUGGUGUACACCAGAGAACUCACUCAGGAGAGAAACCCUUUGAAUGUAAUGAAUGUGAGAAAGCAUUCUCUCAGAAGUCCUAUCUCAUGCUACAUCAGAGAGGUCAUACAGGAGAGAAACCUUAUGAGUGCAAUGAAUGUGAAAAAGCAUUCUCCCAAAAAUCAUAUCUCAUUAUACAUCAAAGAACUCAUACAGAAGAAAAACCCUACAAGUGUAAUGAAUGUGGUAAAGCCUUCAGAGAAAAGUCAAAGCUCAUUAUACAUCAAAGAAUUCAUACAGGAGAGAAGCCCUAUGAAUGUCCUGUAUGCUGGAAAGCUUUCAGCCAGAAGUCACAGCUCAUAAUACAUCAGAGAACACAUACAGGAGAAAAACCCUAUGCAUGCACUGAGUGCGGCAAAGCCUUCAGAGAGAAAUCAACAUUCACUGUGCACCAGAGAACUCAUACUGGAGAGAAACCCUAUAAGUGUACAGAAUGUGGAAAGGCCUUUACCCAAAAAUCAAACCUUAUUGUACAUCAGAGAACCCAUGCAGGAAAGAAACCCCAUGGGAAAGGCCACAACUGGAAAUCAAAGCCUAUCACACAUUAGAGACUAAAUCAACAGUGUCUAUUAUGUACACUGAUGCCAAGUUUGUCAGUUAACAUUUUAAAAGUAUGUUUUGAGUUCUAAUAUAAAUAUGAAGUAAUAAAGUCAGUCUUUCAUAAGUCUUUACCCAAACACUAUGGGGGUAGGGUGAGGGGAGAAGCAAAAGUACUAACUAAAUCUGACAACCUUAAUAGAUAGAUGAAAGUCUAAUAAAAGAGCUGACAGAGGCCAAGGAAGUACUAGUGCAGGAGAUUUCAGAGAAAUAAUGCCCCAGGCUGCAUAUUAAGACAGACUGCAGUAAUAAGGACUCCAGUCUGAACUUCAGGAUACAUCCUGUGGUCUAAAACCAUAUUUUGUUUUCAACGACAGUAACAGAGUUCAUGAACAGGCAGGAAGUAGGAUGUUUCCUGAACCCAUUUGGUGUCUGAGAAGAAAUAGGCAGGGGUUUUGACAAGAAAUCACUCAGACAAGCCAUAUUUGCAGAAAGUAGUUUGUACUAGCAACAAAUCAGUUGACUGAGUAGAGACUGACAGAUAAGCAAGUACUUUUCCUUGUGAAAAAAAUGUAGAAUUAUUAGCUUAGGACAAGUAAAGUCUGAAAAAACUCACAAAUGCAAAAAGAAAACAAAACUUCUGGUUGUAAGAACACUUGGAUCUGCCUAAAGCCUGACCCCAGUUUCAUCCCCAACAUGAGCCUCUAGCAAAUAGCAAUUUCAGGAAAAAUUAGUUUUAUUUAAAGAUGAAACACUAAAAAGUAAUAAAAAUGGAAAUACAUAUGGUUUUUGAGCUAGCAUUUCUUCUUCUAGGGAUGUAUAUAUCCACAUAUAUACAAACUGAUGAACACACAGAGGUAGGUAUUCAUUGAUGCACUGUGUGUUAAAAAAAAAAAAAAAGAGUGGAACCUGUCCAAACAUCUGUUUACUGAAGUCAUGAUAUAUCCACAUACUGAAGCCCUACAUAUUCAUACAUAACAAAUCAAAGAGAACUUGAAUACCCUUUACAUAUUGGUAUGGGUAGAUCCCAAGAUAUAUUAUCAGGUCAGAAAAUCAAGAUUCAGGAUAAUGAGUAUACUGUGCUACCAUUUGUAUAUGAAAAGGAGGAAAAAUAGUAAGUACUUGAUUGUAUAUGCAUAUACUAUCUUUUAAAAGAUAGCCAAGAAUCUGGUAACCUUGAUUACCUUUGAAAAGAAGGGGACGUGGGUGGCUGGGGGAAUAAGAUUGGGAGGAAGGCAACUGUAUAUUCUUUGAUAACUUGAAAAUUGUACUAUGUGAAUGUACUAUCUUUUCAAAAAUAAAUAAAAGUUUGAAAAGCA